AUGCUGUGGACUCUCCUGUUCAGCUGCAGCUUGUAUCUGCACGGCGCUCUGGUUUCUGCUCAAGGAGUAUCCAGAGAUGGAGAGAUUAUCAAACAGAUUAAAGGCACAAACCAGGAGCUUGCUGAAAUCAAAGAACUGCUGAAACAACAGAUACAGGAAAUUGUUUUCCUGAAGAACACAGUUAUGGAGUGUGAAGCCUGUGGCAUGAGACCAGUAGAUCCUAUAGAGCCGUCAUGUGUUCCCAACCCCUGCCAUCUUGGUGUGGAAUGCAUAAUGACUCCCAGCGGUGUGAAGUGUGGUCCGUGUCCAGAGGGCAUGACAGGAAAUGGAACUCACUGUACAGAUGUUGAUGAGUGUGCUGUAAUGCCAUGUCACAUGGGGGUGAGAUGCAUUAACACGUCACCUGGUUUUCGCUGUGGCCCCUGUCCUGCUGGGUACAUGGGCCCCCAGGUGCAGGGGGUGGGACUUGCCUAUGCAUCUGCCAAUAAACAGGUGUGCAAAGACAUUAAUGAGUGUGAGAACUCAAAUGGAGGCUGCGUGGAGAACUCCAACUGUAUCAACACACCAGGCUCUUUUCGCUGUGGCCACUGCAAGACUGGUUUUGUUGGGGAUCAGGUGAAAGGCUGCAAACCUGAGCGGGCCUGUGGUAAUGGUCAGCCCAAUCCUUGCCAUGCCAGUGCAGAAUGCAUUGUUCACCGUGAUGGACAGAUUGAAUGCGCAUGUGGAGUUGGAUGGGCUGGGAAUGGAUACUUAUGUGGAUCGGACACUGAUAUUGAUGGCUUCCCUGAUGAAAAACUGGAAUGUUUGGAAAGAAACUGUGCAAAGGACAACUGCCUCACCGUUCCAAACUCUGGCCAAGAGGACGCAGACAAGGAUAAAAUCGGUGAUGCAUGUGAUGAUGAUGCAGAUGGAGAUGGGAUACUGAACACAGAGGACAACUGUGUGCUAGUCCCCAACGUCAAUCAGAAGAACAUUGAUCAGGAUGAUUAUGGAGAUGCUUGUGAUAAUUGCCGUCAGGUAAAAAACAAUGACCAGAAGGACACCGAUAGCGAUGGCCAGGGUGAUGAAUGUGAUGAUGACAUUGAUGGGGAUGGAAUCAAAAACGAUAAAGAUAAUUGCAAAAAGGUGCCAAACCGUGACCAGAAAGAUAGAGACGGUGAUAAUGUUGGUGAUGCUUGCGACAGCUGCCCCUACGUCCGCAACCCUGAUCAGAUGGAUGUGGAUAAUGACUUGAUUGGCGAUCCUUGUGACACUAACAAAGAUAGUGAUGGAGAUGGGCAUCAGGACUCUCGAGACAACUGUCCUGCAGUUAUCAACAGCUCCCAGCUGGACACGGACAAGGAUGGCAUUGGAGAUGAAUGUGAUGAUGAUGAUGACAACGAUGGCAUUCCCGAUCUCCUUCCACCCGGUCCGGACAACUGCCGUCUGGUUCCAAACCCACUGCAGGAGGACUUAGAUGGUGAUGGGAUUGGCAACGUUUGUGAGAAUGACUUUGACAAUGACACAUUUAGUGACAUCAUUGAUGUUUGUCCUGAGAACACUGAGGUGACUCUCACUGACUUCAGAACCUAUCAGACUGUGGUUCUGGAUCCAGAAGGAGAUGCGCAGAUCGAUCCAAACUGGGUGGUGCUCAAUCAGGGAAGAGAGAUUGUUCAGACCAUGAACAGUGAUCCUGGACUGGCUGUAGGCUACACGGCAUUCAAUGGUGUGGACUUUGAAGGGACGUUUCAUGUGAAUACUGAGACGGAUGAUGACUACGCAGGCUUUAUCUUUGGCUAUCAGGACAGCUCCAGCUUCUAUGUGGUGAUGUGGAAGCAAGUGGAGCAGAUAUAUUGGCAAGCCAAUCCUUUCCGAGCUGUAGCUGAGCCUGGCAUCCAGCUGAAGGCAGUGAAAUCCGACACGGGACCCGGAGAAAACCUGCGGAAUUCACUCUGGCACACAGGUGACUCGACAAACCAGGUGAAACUCUUGUGGAAAGAUUCCAGAAAUGUUGGCUGGAAAGACAAGACCUCCUACCGCUGGUUCCUGCAGCACAGACCCCAAGAAGGCUACAUCAGGGUUCGGUUCUAUGAAGGUCAGCAGAUGGUAGCAGAUACAGGAAUUAUCAUCGACACAACCAUGAGAGGAGGCAGACUGGGAGUAUUUUGCUUCUCCCAGGAGAACAUCAUCUGGGCCAACCUGCGCUACAGAUGCAAUGAUACAAUCCCUGAGGACUUUGAGACAUUCAGAAGCCAGCAAAUCCAGCUUUUUUGAACCCAAUCUCAACAGUUCUUUUUUACAAGAUUAAUGAAUGUGAGUUGUAUAUUUCUGUCAUAUUAUAUACUCCAUUUUUUAUACUUUGUGAACAGUAGAGCUUUAAGUAACCCCCUAAUGACAGACUAACCUAAAUUAAUGACACUGCAUUAGCACUGAGAAUUUAAAUAUAUAUAUAUGUAUUUUAAAAACACGUACAGAAAUACAGGUUACAAAAUAUAAAUGAUAUAACAAGAAGGCUCUGAUAUAUGCAGCUGAGACAUCAUGCACAUCCAUAUUUAGCUUUUUUUUUUUCUGAGAAAGGAAAAGGACCAGCAAAACGACAAAGACGAAAUCAGUUCCUUCUACAAUCAGUUACCACAAAUAGGAGACAAAGAUGACCACACCAGCACAGUGACUAUAGAACUGGGACCCAAUAAAAGCUCUAGACAACCACAAAUUAUAUGUCCUAAUAUACCGUUAACUCCAAUAAAGAGCGAGCACUGUUAAUGCUCACGAAAUGAGAGAUCACAAAGAUUCGAUGCACAUUCUGUAACCUAACACUCUCACAAGCUCUUCGUUUACAGUGUCUUUUAAUACGUAUUAAACCUGCCUUAAGUGAGAUGACAGUUGGCGAAAUAAAAAGUAUAUCAUCUUUACAGAAAGAAAUCCAUGUAGAUAGCACUUAGUUUAUGCUAAUGCUAUGAUUUAAGGGGAAGGGUUGUUAUACUGCUCAGCUCUAUACUAUGGGUCACUAUCGGUACGUUUAUCAAGAAAUACAUCCCAUCUAGUCAGCUACGUACUUAAUGGUACGGACAUGGUAAUCAUGAUCACUAACUGCUCAGCAGUUCUAUUAAGGCUUAAAGGGGAAUUUACGCUAAAGGGGGUUUGCUUUCACACGAAUAAUCAGGACACAAAUGAACAUAAGUGCUAAAACCGCUCCAGUUUGGCUGCAUGCCGCAUGUGCAUCAACAACAGAUUAUUUGUCCAAUAAACACAUGCAGUCUGCCCACAUCUCCUAAUGUUUCACAGGUUAAAGCAACAAACAGACUGAGCCCUUUUUUCGGUUUGCAUUGGGAAUUCACAUAUACAUAUAUACGCUUCCAGAAUUGUUUUCCCUCUGAAUUAUCAGUGCAAUACAGAAAACGGUUCACAAAGAACACCUUCACGAUAAACCGGGGUGGGGGGAACGCAUGUACAGGGUCGAACAGUCGGCAUUCUCAGAAGGUGAAACAGUCCAAGUUUCAUGAGCAAAGCUGCGGCUGAAGUUUCCAGAAGCAGCAGCCAGAAGAUUUAGAAGAAAUGCACAUACAUCAGUAUGAAAGCUGCCGUAUCUUUGAGAUUUCUGACAGGAUUUCAGAUGGAAACCCAAGAUGCAAGGGCCGAGCAAAUCGACAGGGCGGGGGAAUGACCCAACUGAUGAUAUCAAACAUGCUGCAAUCGAGAUGAGCGGAAAAAUGCUACCGUGACCGAAAACGAACAGAAACGUAACAGAUCAGGAGAAAAAACAAUAGUGCUUUGGUCAAGCAGGUCGUUUGGUGUAAUGCACUAUCAUAACACGGAGCCCCAUAAAUACAUUCUGUUUCUAAACAUGAUCAUAGACGUGGUAAAAUGACACCACUAGCAUUAACUAAUACAUGCACUGUGUCUCGGGGGUCUACAUUGGUUUAUGUGCAGUGAAUCUUUGUACUGGAAUCAGCCACGCUAAUGAAGACUUCAUACCAAAAAGCUAACGAAGAGCUCGUUCUAAAGGUUUUUCUCAUUUUGACAUGCAGUCGUCAUAUUCCAGUGAUAAGCUUUAUGUACACUAUUUUCAGGAGAGAGACGCGCUCAUGGUAAAACAUAUGAAAACACCAUUCUGAAUGGCACAGUUUGAAGAAGAAAAACUAAAGCGAGUAUUGCAGUUUUUGUUACUUCUAAAUAAACUACAGUGUAUCCACCAUCUGAGCCAAUCCCUAUUUCUAAGCCCUAAAUAUACUAUUCAUAUUCAACCAGAAAUAUUCCAGAUUGUUGGUUGAUUAAUGCUUUUAGAUUGCAUAGGAAUCACAAAUUGGAUUUGCACAGUUUUAAGAGUUAUUAUUUCCUUCAAGGACCGAAAUGACCAAAAUGUAUCUGGCUGAACCAAAAUUACUAAAACUUUAGCAGGAAACAUCUUGUUCAAUUGCCAAAAACUUCACCUUGCUCUUCAUCCCGUAUUAUAAACGUUGUUUUUAGACUGACAAGUUAG